AUGGCGGCGGUUGGGGGACCUUCGCCGGAGCCGGCGGCUUCUGAACAGCCGGCGGAGCUCCCUGCGUCGGUGCGGGCGAGCAUAGAGCGGAAGCGGCAGCGGGCGCUGAUGCUGCGCCAGGCCCGGCUGGCGGCCCGGCCCUACCCGGCGACGGCGGCUGCGGCUACCGGAGGCGUGGCUAAUGUAAAAGCAGCCCCAAAGAUCACCGACACAGGAGGAGGCUUCAUUCUAGAAGAGGAAGAAGAGGAACAAUGUACAAUUGGAAAAGUUGUCCAUCAACCAGGACCUGUUAUGGAAUUUGAUUAUGCGAUAUGUGAAGAAUGUGGUAAAGAAUUUAUGGAUUCUUACCUUAUGAACCACUUUGAUUUGGCAACUUGUGACAACUGCAGAGAUGCUGAUGAUAAACACAAGCUCAUAACUAAAACAGAAGCCAAACAAGAAUACCUUCUGAAAGACUGUGAUUUAGAAAAAAGAGAACCAGCUCUUAAAUUCAUUGUGAAGAAGAAUCCUCAUCAUUCACAAUGGGGUGAUAUGAAACUCUACUUAAAAUUGCAGAUUGUGAAGCGGUCUCUUGAAGUUUGGGGCAGUCAGGAAGCAUUAGAAGAAGCAAAGGAAGUUCGACAAGAAAACCGAGAAAAAAUGAGACAGAAAAAGUUUGAUAAGAAAGUAAAAGAAUUACGGCGAGCGGUGAGAAGCAGCGUGUGGAAAAGGGAAACAGUUGUUCAUCAGCAUGAGUAUGGACCAGAAGAAAGCCUAGAGGAGGAUACAUACCGGAAGACUUGUACCAUGUGUGGCCACGAGCUGACCUAUGAGAAAAUGUGACUCGUAAAGUGUGAUGUUGCCACAGAUGAAUGGGACACUCCUAUAAAUCAUGCUUCAGGAAGAAAUUUUAAACACUGGACAGUGGGCAGCAAGACCUUCCUGGGACCAUGAGAAAGCUUCCAGCUUGAGGACAAGAGUA